CAUUUUUAGUUCCAGUGUUGAUGACAAUUAGAGUGGUUGUAGUUUUUGUAGAGUAGCGGAGAAAAACUCUUUUUUUUAAACGAAAAAUUUUAAUUUUCUUUAUUAAUAAAACUAACUAAAACAAAGUGUUUAAUAUAACAAUAAAUAAAGAGAACAAAUAAGUUUUCAAUUUUAUAAAAAUAAAUGUAAAAAUUUAAUUAAAAGUAAAUAAUCUUAAAGGAAAUUAAGAUAACAGAAAAAAAAAACAAGGAAGGAAGGCGUGUUCUUCUCUUUUAACCAACAACAACAACGUUGAAUUGCAAGAAAAGUGGAAAAAGGUGUGAAAUGUGAAAAUCAAUAACAAAAAGAAAGCAUAACAAAAACAACUUUAAUAAUAACAAAAACAAAACUAAAAGAGAAAAAAGAUUUUGGAGUAAUUGUUUGUUGUUGUCGUUGCUUUAUUGCAAUUUCUUGUUCUUGUUACGAAUUUAUAAGGAAAAAAAAAAACAAAGAACACAAAAUAAAACGAAAACAAUAACACAAAUAUACAACAAAAUAAAAUAAAACAGCAACAAUCAUCUUUUAGAUAUUUAACGUAGCAGUCGACGUCGCAGCAACCGCUAAAAUAUAAACAUCAACACUUAUUCACACUCUACAAGAUUUUAAAUUUUUCCUCAACUCCUUCAAUAUGGUUGAUGCCACGAAAAAUGGUGGUGUUACCGCCAUUGUGGAGUAUGAUUACACAGCCAAGGAACCAGAUGAACUAGAUCUAAUCAAAGGUGCUAUAAUACACAGUAUUAAACAGAUGCCAGGUGGCUGGUGGGAGGGUACAUUACAAACAAAUGGUAAAACGGGGAUGUUUCCAGAUAAUUUUGUUCGUGUCGUCGAUAUGAAUGAGGACAAUACAGUGGUAUUAAGAGACAAAACGACGACGAGUAAUCGACGCUGUAAAGUUAUUUACAGUUAUACGCAAGUCAACGAUGACGAACUAUCGCUGGCCGUGGGUGAUGUCAUUGAAUUCCUAGGGGAGGUCGAAGAAGGCUGGUGGCGUGGACGUUUAAAAAAUAAAAUUGGUGUUUUUCCUUCAAACUUUGUUAAACUUAUCGAAUCAUCACCCGUAUUUGCCAGUAAACGGCCACCAUCACAAUCAAAACAAAUAACUAAAAGUGCUAAUAAUACAGUAGCUGCCACUUCGUCAACAUUAAGUGCAUCAUCAGCGUCUUCAAUAGCUACAGCAGCCGGCACAAAGAAAAUAAAUCGUCUUAGUUUUCAUAAUUCCAAAGAAGAUUUACUGGCUGCUACCACCACAAUUACCAGCAAUAAUAUUUCAUCAUUAAAUUCCGGCACAACAGUGGCGGCAGCAACAACUUCAUCAUCAUCAUCAUCACUAUUACUGGGUGGUGCUGGAGGCGAUGAUGCUGCUCCCAGUUUGCCACCGAAACCUCAACGAGAUUAUUGUCGUGUUGAAUUUCCCUAUGCACCACAAAACGAUGAUGAACUUGAGCUGAAAGUAGGUGACAUUAUAACCAUACACAGUAUGGAUUUACCCGACAAGGGUUGGUGGAAGGGUGAAUUGAGAGGAAAAAUUGGUGUGUUUCCCGAUAAUUUUGUUAAGCUUAUGGCUCCAUCAGAAGUUUCGCCACUAAAUGAUCUGCAACAGCAACAAUCACAACCUCAACAAACCCAUAGAACAACUGCCAAAUUAACAAAUACUACAAACACUACAACCACCAAUAAUUUAACAACAACAACCGCUGCAACAACGACCAAUGUCAAAUCGUUGAUUAAAAAAUCCGGUAGUUCUUCAUCCACCCAAAGUUCCAAUCGUAAAGAUAGUUUUGGUUCUCGAGAUUCUUUAAACGAUAUACUUUCGGAAACUGGUUUGCCCACGGGCAAUGUAGCUGCUCAGCGUAAAUCUUUGGAAAAUAAGAAUUUAGAUUUAACAAAUGCCUCCGAUGUUGCAGCUCGUUUGGCCCUUAAGAAACAACAGUUACAUAUGCAACAACAACAGCAACAGCAGGAGAGUAAAACGAUUGCAUCGUCGAUUAGUAGUAAUAAUACCACCACAUCAACUACCUCGACUUUAAUAACAACAGCCACUUCCUCCUCCUCCUUAUCCAGUGAGUUACGCAAGAGUAUGGAAAAUAUGGAUGAGAAAACAACAGCAGCAACAAAAACGACACCACCACCAGUACUUAAUAAAAAGCCUUCAGUGCCUGUUAAGAAAACAACCACAGUGACCAGCAUAACAGGCAACAUCUUAUCGGGGAUCAAACAAAAAGUCAAAAAUGUCGAAAGUAAAUUAACCACCGCAGCAUCACACGACUACGCCGAUGGUGUAGGCAGUAGUAAACUAUCGCCCAGCUAUGCGAGCGAUUCGGGCAGUGGAGGUGUUGUAAUGAGAAGAGCCGCCACCAUAGCCGUAGAAGAUACAGAUUUUGAUCGCGUUGAACGCGGUUCAAUAUUACCCGAUAUGCGCGCAGGACGCGUUAAAGCGCCAAAACGUAGACCUCCAUCGGCGGCCAUAAAUGCUAUAGGCGAAAGCAAUAACAAUUCUCUAUAUGUCAAUGGCAAUGGUAGUGAUACCACACAGAGUGGUGAUGAUCAAUUAAAAUCCGAUGAUAAUUCAACGGGAGAGGAGCAGUUAGCCAAACCAAAACCUAGAGAAUGGGAAAAGAAAAAGGCACCCUGGAUGGAAGAGUUAAAAGCAUCACAGGUUAAAAAGAAGACAUCUCCAAGUGUAAGUGAUGGGGUAACAGCCACAAGCGAUAGAAGUUCGAAACUAUUAAGUGAGGAGCUGAAAACAACAAAUAAUGUCAGUUCACAGGUGACCAGUUCAAUGCAAGCCACAAAUUCUAGCACCUCAGCCUCCUCUGCCACGACCAGCUCGACAAAAGUGCAAUCAUCAUCGGUUUCAUCCACCAGCAUUAUGCAACAAUCCAUGAUAGUGGAGAGUAGCAGUAGUACUACUAGUAGCAGCAGUAAUACCACAGCUAAAACUCUAAGCGAAGCCAUGACUAAAAGUUUAAGUGCUAAAUUAGCCAAUGAUGUAAUGGCGGCUUCGAAUAAUACCUCCCUUAAUAACAGCUCCUCUGGCCAUGUGGUGGACGAUGUACGGGCACGACCCAAUAGCCUGUCAAUACGUAAUCGUAGUGCUUCUCCCUCAAUGGCGGCCACACGUAAUAUCUUAAAACCAAACUCUGCGGCGGCCAACACCACCGCCAACAACUCUGCCUCACCAGCUGAAGCCUCCAGCAGUAAUACCACACACCAUUCAAGCUCUACGAGCACUACACAAUCAUCCACAGUUGCCAAAUCUUCUAAUCUAAAUAGUUCUAGCAAUCAUGUGCUAAAUAAUUGUGGUGCCACUACCACGGCCGGGUCACAACAUAAAAUUGCUGAAUUGGAAACGCGUGUGGACAAAUUGGAAUUGUUGGUCCAUGCUCAACAGCGUACAAUCGAUGAACUUGUACGUACAUUGCGAGAAGAAACGGAUCGCAACAAAGUCUUACGCGCUGAACUGGAUAAAUAUGCACAGUGCGUUACGCAAGUUUAAGAAAAAUUAAAAAAAAACAAAACCUAAAAACUGAGAAAAAAAUCACUUAAAUAUUUUUUUCUAUUUUUAUGUGCGUAGAAAAAUUAUGUUUAGAGUAUUUUAUUUUAUAGUUUUUAUUUUGAACACUGUUUUAAGCAUUUUAUAUUGUGUGUGUGUGUGCGUUAUUUUCUAAUUAAUUAUUUCCCCCCUUGUAAAGUGAAAGCCAGUGUAGUUUAUAGACAUUUAUUAUUCAUACUUCUUAACCAAACAAAAAGUCUGUUUUAAAUAUAACCUUGUUGCUUUUUUUAUUUCAAUAUAUAAAAACAGCGCUUUAUACAUUUUACUCUGUGAACGCCUACACUUUUCUUUUCAAAAAUCACAAAGAAAGAAAAAAACAUAAAAACUUAA